GAAAGGGAGAUCAAAAAUGCUUUCUAGAAAUCAUGAUUUUCCGCCUUGGAAAAUGGGCAUUACUUCCUGUAAGGAGAAAUGAUCAGUGUCAUCAUCAAUACGAACACAGGCUGUUGUAUCCAUUGAACAAGGGAAAAUGUGUUUUUGAUCAAAUUGAUUGUGCAGUAACAAAAACAAUGAAAGCUAUUGGACUUCCCUAUCUGGAUCGGACAGAAGUCAUGCAUGAAGACUCCGAACUCUCAAGCAUAAUUGUUGCAAGUUCCUUCGUUGCAACUUCAGAUGAUGUCCUUGAAAUAUUGGAUUGCAUCUUGUCAAAUACAAAAAAUAUUGAAAUAAAAGCAAACUGUGAAGUUUUAAUGGAAUAUUUCGAAUCCAAAGCAUCAAGUUUUAAACCAGAUGCAGAUUCAAAAGAAAAGCUAAGACGUUUACCAUUUUAUGAAAAUUUAUUAGACGAGUAUCAAACUCUCGGCGAUUCUAAAACUUCUGUAAUGCUUCCAAAAGAAACACCAAUAAAUGGACUUCAUCAGCUUUGCCUAAAAACAACAGUGCAAUUUUUGAAACACAAACCAUGGACUUGUGUGUAUGCAAGGGCAGGAUGCGACAUUUGUGAUGUUGUAGAAGUAUACCACAAAUACAUUCUUCCUAAUUUCAGCGCUUUGCCAGAAAGAGAUAUAGUGAAACAUAUGGAAACGCUGAAAAAUUUCGUCAUCACCAGAAUGAUAUUGAAAUCCAAAAGUGAACAAAAUUCCAUAAUGGAACUAUUACAACAGGUGGCUUUUCUUGUUCAAAAUGGAAUCAGAUAUACAGCAAACAAAUUUUAUAAUCCACAGAAAAAGCUAUAUUAUUUCCUCUGUCAAAAGGAUGAACUUCCUCCUGCACCUUUUGCUAAUAAAGAUUGGAUCCACUUUCUUAAAAUAUGUGGUUUGAGAGACAAAGUGACGGAGGAAAUAUUUGUCCUCUUUGCAUUGCGUGUCGAAAAAAUUGGAAAAGAAGAAAAGCUAUCUGAUAAGGUGAAAAAAUAUUCAUCAAUAUUGAUAGAAACUUUACAAAAUGAGAAUAUGUUUUGCGGAAAUGAAAAAUUCCUAGAAGAAGUCAAGAAAAUUCAUUUUGUUUUACCUUACACAUUAGAGCAAGAUUUAGUAAGAAUCCACUCUCAGUAUGCCGCCGACCAGUUGCUUAACUUUGCAGAUUCAGAACUUGUGAAAAACAAGGAAUUGGUAUGGACAAAAAUUGGAUUACUUAAUGAGAAUGCCUGUAGGAUUGUUGAUGAUCAGCGUAUAUGGCAGAGGCUCGGACAUGACAAAAAACCACUUGAGGAAAAAGUCUUUGAACAUAUAAAACAGAUUUGCCCACAGUUUCCUGAAGAUGUUCUCACAAAAGUGGAGAUAGAUAAAGAUUUGGAUACAACUUUUUCCUCAGUAUUUCGGAAAAUAUACUCAUAUCUGGAAAAUAUUUCAUGUAGUGAGAGGAUAAUUUCAUUAAAAGAAACACCAUUCAUUUAUGUCAAAGAGAGAAAAGCAUUUGCUUCUCCAGAUAUUUUGGUCCUUAAUAUGGAUGAUGAACAUGAAAUUCCUCCGUAUCUCUAUAAGGCUCCAACUUAUUUUGGUGAAUUUCAUGCUGUGUUUCAGAAAUUUGGUGCUUCCGAAAAACUUUCCAGUAACCAUUACGUAUAUGUCUUAAAAGAGCUUUAUAAGAGAUCCAGUGGCGGUGUUAUUGAUCCUAAUGAAAGAACAAUGACAAUCAAAGCUGUUCAAUUGCUUUUUGAGAAGUUAAGAAAAGAAAUUUCUGAUGUGCAACUGAAAUCAGAAUUGUAUCUCCCAAGCAAAGACCACAUCUUACUGUCGAGCAAAUCACUAAUAUUUGUUGACGAUAAAGUCUUGGAAAAACGUCUCCGUAAAGGGAACCAUAAUUUAAAAUAUAUACUCGGGUUCAAAGAAUUAGGUAUGAAAGAUGUACAUGAUCCAGUGAAAGAGAUAUCUCUCAUUCCAACUGAGUAUAGACCAAAAUUACUCUCAAAAAUUGUGACGGAAGAGGUAUCCACAGAAUGCAAAACUUACAAAAGGAAAAGUGAAAGGGCAAAAUUCUUGGAAAAGUUUUUAUGCUGUGAAGAAUUUAUCAAAAGUGUCAUUCGCCUGGUUCGACACGAACGAUACAAAAAAGACAAAGAAUGUGGUGAAAUGGAAGAAAAACAAAUCAGGGACACCUUUAAAAUGACAGUCUUUGAGGUGGACAAUUUGACAACUGUAUUAAGACUGAAUUCGGAAGUUGUCAAAAACACUGAGAUGCAAACACAAAUUUCAUAUUCCAUUGACACUGAGAACUCAAGUCUAGUAUGUGUUUAUCUGAAUUCUUUUAGGCGCCCAGAAAAUACCAAAUGGAUAGAAUACAUUGCAAAUGAGUUAACUCAUAUCAUUAACUGUCUUUUAAACAACGAACUGAGUGGGAGUUGCUUACAUCUCGCUCAUGUUCUUGGUUUUAUCGAAAAUCCAGAAUGCAUUAGAGAGUUCUUGGAUAGUAAACAAAUAAUCUCUUUGGAAGAUUCUUCUUCGGAUGAACCUUUCAUUCCAGAAUUAGGAUCUGAAAUUCCAGUCAAGUUACACCACUUACUGAACAAUUCAUUCAAGUCAUUAGAAAUAAAUGAAUAUGUUGGAUAUGAACAGUUUGAUCCUUUAAUUGAUGAUGAUAUUGUGCAAGAAGAUUCCUCACCAGUUUUCCUAUUUGCCCGGGUGGAGGAAGAUGAAACAAAAGAAAUAAAAAAUAUGUGGGAGAAAAGGUUUAGAAUUGAUAUAGGUUUGAAGAACGGAAUUGUUGUAAGUGCGUCACGUUUAUAUAAAUUUGAAAGGAAAAUCCAAAGAGAUCUACGUAUGGAAGUUUAUACACAACACACAGGAAGUGAAAAAACGUAUACAUGUACGUCGUGCAAGAGCGAAAGAAAAAAUCUGAAGGAACAAAAGAGAAACAUAAAAAAUAUCAUGAAAGAUACUCUAAACAAACCGCUUGAUGAAAGAAAGAGAGUAUGGAAGCGGCUUCUUUUACAGUAUCAUCCAGAUAAACAUAUGGACGACAAGGAUUAUUACACGAAAUUGACCCAGUAUAUCAACUCUUUAAUCCAAAGAAUUGAAAAUGGUCAGUCUUUAGAUUAUGAAAGUGAAGAUGAAGUUGAUUCAGGAACUGGGUAUAGAGGACGUCGUAAAUAUUACCGUCCCUCAGGUUCAUCAUUCAGACAAGAAUUCAAUUUUUCAUCAUUUUAUGAACAUUGCUUCAACCGUGGAAAAUCUUAUGCAAAAUUUGAGAGAGCAUACCGUCCUCCAGAAGCAGAGCAUGGAUAUUUUCAGGAAUUCCGCAGGCGUGGUUCCCAGCCCGGUCAAGCUGAAAGAUGGUACCGCCAAGCAAAAUACGACUUGGAUGCAGCACAGGGUAGCGAGGGUCAAAGAAACACCCAUAACUGGGUGUGUUUCAAAUGCCAUCAGGCUGUCGAGAAGGCGUUAAAAGCUCUACUUUACCAGAAAGAUGCUGAUUUAUUCAUGCGCACACAUGAUCUGUCGUUGUUGGCCUCUAGAUGUGGUGGCGAUGAACUUAAAUCUAUGGUGCUGAAGUUCGAGGAAGUGACAAAAUCUUAUGACGCCAUGCGAUACCCUGAUGGCGUAGCCAGUGGAUCGGUUCCGUCAGAAUUUUACACGGAAGAACAAGCAUCAAAUGCCAAAAUACAGGCACAGAGAAUUUUGAAAGUGAUCAAGGCAGAACUUGAGAAAUUGAAAUGUUCAUAAUUGAAACAAAUAUUU